AUGGGUAAAGUGAAACGAAGCCAGAAUAAGCCCAUGGCCAAGGCCCAGGCAGCUAACGAACUCACAGAAAUAAAACGGCUCGAUAAACUGUGCGAAACUGUCGGAUUGGAGGAGAAUGAAGGUACAGAGUCUGCCAUAACAACGAAGUUCAGUUCAUUGCCGAUUAGCAAUCAGACUAAAAUGGGAUUGAAAGAAGCUGGGUAUUUAGAUAUGACGAAUAUUCAGUACAAGGCUAUACCAGCGGCACUUAGAGGCAAGGAUGUACUAGUGGCUGCAAGAACGGGUAGUGGGAAGACACUGGCUUUCGUACUACCUAUAAUCGAGACCUUAUACCGACAGAAAUGGUCCGAUCUAUUUGGUCUAGGUGCACUAGUUAUAUCCCCUACAAGAGAAUUGGCAUACCAGACAUUUGAGGUACUGAGGAAAGUUGGUAAAAAGCACACACUAUCGGCUGGGUUAGUUAUCGGGGGAAAGGAUGUGGAGGCGGAACAGGGCACUAUCUCCAGAAUGAAUAUUCUGGUUUGUACGCCCGGACGUUUGUUGCAACACAUGGAUGAGACACCAG